AUCACUGUUCUACUUUGCAUCACUGCCAUUGGGUUUCACAUCGUGGGGGCCAUGUAUUUUGAAGUUGUGAUGAUAUAUAGUUACAGUCUAUCUGACUCUGACAACCGCGAGGUCGUCCGAUUAGGUCAUUUCAUAAGUCAUCCGUCUAUCUUGGUGGCAUCCCAUCGGCCAUUUUCUAUAAAUGAAUUGAUACAGUUUGAGUCGAGAGAUGGCCAUCUCUGAUACAGGUUGCUGAUGGUUAAAUCUCCAUAGCUGAAGCUCGAUUCCCCUUUGCUGAGUA